AUGGCCAUCCUCUCCCAAUCCACAGCCAGUUUCUCCCCCUCCUUCGUCUCCACCCACUCCGAUUUCACUCUCCUCACUCGCUUACCCUGCCGCGUCACCUUCCGCCGCCGCCGCCAUGCAGUCUCUUCGCGCCUCAACUCCUCCAAGUUCUCCGGCGCCGGCGGCCCCCUCUCGCCGGAUAACGGCGGCGACAUCGCCUACGAGCUGCACCACGACUUCUCGCCACAACGCCGCCGCCGCGGCUCGCCGGUGUUCGUCACGCUGCCGGUAAACUCCGUCAGCCGGGAGGGCGGCCGCGUCGCGAGGCCCAAGGCGAUGUUGUUCUCGCUCAAGGCGCUCGUCUCGGCCGGCGUCGAAGGCGUGGUAAUCGAGAUUUGGUGGGGCCUGGUCGAGAAGAACAAACCUAGGUUUUACGAUUGGAGAGGGUACGAGGAACUCGUCGCGAUGGCAUGCAAGUGUGGCCUUAAGGUCCGAGCGGUUCUCGCAUUUCAUCAGCAUGGCGCGGGACCCGAUGAUCCCGAUUGGAUACCGCUUCCUCUAUGGGUGCUUGAUGAGAUACAGAGAGAUGUAGAGUUAGCUUAUUGUGACCGCUUUGGAAGAAGAAAUAUUGAAUACAUUUCCCUUGGAUGUGAUAUUCUUCCUGUGCUACGGGGGCGUUCUCCUAUUCAAGUGUAUGCUGAUUUUAUGAGGGAUUUUAGGAACAAUUUCAGGUCUUUGCUUGGUGUUAUCAUUACAGGCGUACAGAUUGGCAUGGGUCCUGGUGGUGAACUAAGAUAUCCUUCAUUCUCUUUACAAGACCCAAAUUUGGCAUGGUCUCAUGAACUUGGAGAGUUUCAGUGCCAUGAUAAGUAUAUGCUUGCUUCUCUGAAUGCCUCUGCAAGAAAUAUCGGAAUGCGUGAAUGGGGAAAUGGUGGUCCAUUUGGUACUGGUAGUUUGAUGCAAAAUCCUGACCAUACUGAUUUUUUCAAAAGUGAUGGUGGCUCUUGGGACACACCAUAUGGUAAAUUUUUCCUUGAAUGGUACUCAGAUAUGUUGCUGCUGCAUGGGGAAAGGAUUUGUAGGGAAGCUGAAACUAUAUUUAGGGGUACCGAGGUCCAUAUAUCAGCAAAAGUGGCUGCCAUUCACUGGCACUAUGUCACACAAUCUCAUCCAUCAGAGUUAACAGCUGGCUAUUAUAAUACUUUUAACAGGAAUGGAUACUUACCCAUUACUCGCAUGUUUAGUAAAUAUGGAUUCUCGAUUUGUUGCUCUUGUUUUGAAAUGCAAGAUGAAGUAAUGCAGAAGAUCAAUCCAGAUGGUAGCCCUGAAGGUUUUCUUAGACAGCUUUUACUGGCUGCUAGGCUCUAUGACCUAUCACUUGAAGGUCAAAAUUUUUCAACUAAUUUGGAUGAUGGUGCAUUCACCCAGGUGCUAAAGAUGUCAAAAUUUUACUCGGAGGGGAUCGAGAAGCGACCUUUUUCAUUCAACUUUGUAAGAAUGGACAAAAGAUUGUUUGAAUCCCGAAAUUGGGAUCAGUUUACUCGUUUUGUAAGACAAAUGUCUCAUGGAAAUAUUUUUCGAGCCAGAUUAAAUUCUGUUGGUGACAUUCGGUUUAGGACUGCCCGAGUGAUAGCAGAGGCAGGACUGUUGUACCACCUAUAUCAGCACCCUUGA